AUGGCAACCGCAGGCAGGGCGCCGGCGUCAAUCGACUCCGUCGUAUAUGCUGACACAGCCUCACAUUCCAGCGGCAACGAUGGGACCGCCACCAACCCGCGCGGUAUUCCCUACGCCCCUUUCGUGGACAGGGUUGAGGACUAUGUCGCUACCCGGGAGGAAGUCGAGCCCACAUUACGGAGCUUCCAGGAGAUGAUUUCGAAGUAUCAGUUUAUGGAAAUGAAUCUGCAGCGCCGAAUGGCAGGUCUGAAAGACAAGAUACCCGAGAUCCAAAAAACAUUAGAUACAGUUAGGUUUUUGAAGCUCCGCAAGGCCAAUGUGAUGCUUUCAUAUACUACAGAUGAAGCCGAGACUCUGUUGAGCUCAAAACUAGCCACGGCGAACACAAGUUUGUCACACUGCGAGGAGGAUUUAGAUUUCUUACGCGAGCAGAUCACCACCAUGGAAGUUGCGACAGCGAGAGUUUAUAAUUGGGAAGUGGUACAAAAGCGUAAAGAUAAGGCAGGGGAAGAGGUCACCAAAGUGAUGCAAUCACGAUGCCGAAAGAUGGGUUAUCGGGUCCAGGCUGACGCGAGUCUGACGGGCACCGGCCCCAAGUUCGGGACGGGCAGGGCAUUUGCAAAGCAAAAUAACCUGCGACAUGCGACAUCUGACGGGCCAAGAUGCCGCACUCGACCUGGCGGCUUAAGCUUGAGGUCCCAUGGUCAACCAAUUGUGCGAAACUCUACGAGAAAAUUACUGGAACACAUGUCAUCUAGCCAGCUGCUUGAGAAAGUACUUGGGAGAAACCCAUAUGCAGACUCCUGGAGGAAAAGAAUCGCCAAGUUUCGAACGAUAAGACUGUCUAUUCUCCUCUUGCAAGAAAUUCUGCGACAGGAAGAGCUCCAGUCGGCCGGUGGAAGCGGAUUGUUGGAGCUUCUUCCGACGCUGGAAGAGAACAGAGCCAUACUAAAACACCCGUCUCUUGCAGGCCAUACCCAAAAGGCUAUCGAGCGAUAUGUGCAUAUUUUGCGAGGACAAGACGAUGAAGAGAGGUGCAAGAGAUAUCUGGAGGACCCUACGUCAAUCCCGCUGUUCAUAUUCCACUUCUUACUCCGCCGAUCUUCCGGUAUUAGCGAUCCAGUCACGUUGCAGCGAAUGAUUGAGUCAUCACACGCCUAUUACGGCAGCAACAGAGCGGAUAACACAAUAUUGGAAAACAACCGUCAAAAUAUUAGAGAUGGGUCAGAAAAGAUGCUGGAUAUUGACCGAGCAAACUUCAACUUAAUUAUGCGACUAUUAGUUCAUCACUGCCGCCGCCUAGAGCCCAGAUUUGUGGUGAAGCUGGCUGAUUCGGCUGCACAAUACAUUCAGAAUAUGCCGAUUUCUGCUGAAGGAGAAAGAAAAGUAUACAUAACACAAUGCGAUAUUUUCAAUGGAUGCUUGCAAAUAUUACGGCCUCUGCCGCAUGUCCAAGUGGCCCAAAGAUCCACACCCAAUGCUUAUUUCUGGGAGGCGCAGAGAAUUCUCCUGUCGAUGUCGGCAGGCCUGUCAAAACCGUUGCUUGUGGAUAGAGGUGGAUUCCGGGCGAUUCGAGAAGUGUUGUCAGGCCAGGCCAAGAACCAUGCAGAAGCAUACAGCGCAGCUAGACAUGCACCGAGCUGGCCUCCCUAUUUGCAGCCAGGCCACGGAAUGGACGAACGUACCGAACCAGAAGACAACUGGAGCCGAGCUGUAAGUGCAGGCAUGCUCAUGCAAGAGGCUGGAUUUGCCAAAGACGAAGUCGACGAUGCUGUCGACAUACUGCAAGGCAUGACACAGGAUGGAACGCCAACCAUUCAACAGAGAGCAAUGGUUUCGAAAAGUCGAAGAAUUGGAGUGUGGGAGGCAUCUAUCCGCGCCACGCGGAAUGCACAAGAAGCAUGGGAUCGGUUCCGCAACCCACCAAAAGAAGGAAUGAAGCCAGGUCUGCAUCAGUAUUCGGCCAUGUUUGAGAAGCUAGUGCUGCGAGAAGUUGAGUCAGACGGCAGCAUAUCGCCCGGUGACAAAGCCUUGAAUUUUUCUACCCAACAUGAGGCCAAUUUGGCCGAAUUUGAAAGAGCACGCUUACGGCCCCCGAGUAUAUCUGAGCUCUAUCAGCAUAUGAGACUCAAUGGAGUUCAGCCUGAUGGCCCCUGUCUUUGUAUUCUCGUCGCCAAUGCUGCUUCUUUGGAGAUAGCUCAUCAGUAUUUACGUGACAGCCCCGAGAAGAGUCGAAUCAUUCGAAAUCUUAUAGCCGAAGAGCCCGAUGCUGGGCCUCUGAGGCUAGUUCGGAUGGGAUUAUUCGCAGCGUAUCUCCAAGUGUGCUUGCGAGUGGAAGGGCGGCGUGCAGGCGAUCAACUUAAACGUGUUAUUCGCCUCGCCGAAUCAAGGUUGAGCCAUGAACAGUCUCGAUGGGCUCCCUUCAUAUGGGGCAGUAUUCUAAAAGAACUGUCGCAACACCACCAUGCUCUGAGGAUCUCGCUACAUCAGCAACUUGAUUUGAUGUUGAGAGUGAUGGAUGCAAUCGAGAAGGUGGACGGAGUCCAGCUGUCGACAUUUACUCAGUUCCACAAAGGCGUUCGAAAGACCGUGCGACAACAGCUGAAUAAUGUAUUCACAAAGGAUGCUGAGAAAAAAGCAUUUACAAAGAGCCCGUUGGCGCAAGCGCUCUUUUAUCAGAUGUGCAUGGCAAGUGUGGAUAAUGUGCACCCUCGUCGAAGUCUGCUGCACCGGGAAGUAGGACAGGAAGAUUCUUCCCUGAUGGCGGGGGCUGAAGUGCUACUCCUGGAAGAAGCCAAGGCGCGAAUAAAGUACAUGUUCUGGACACUCGAGCAGAGGGAGCGCCAUGCCCGAGCAUAUCUCGAUGGGUACCAGAUAGCACCGCUAGAAGCCAUGAAUUCUCGCAGGGACGCGGCCCGAAGUGACCAUGCCCACGACUACAUGCUGACGCUGGGAUAUCUGGGGGAGUUUGAAGAAAUGGGGCGGCUGCUGGAGUGGCUGAUACAACAAUGGGGGCAAUUCGACGUGGUAUCGGCCGUGAAUGAGAUGGAAGAGGCUCCGCCACAUGCAGACUUUUUCGAGACGCUGUGCGUCUUUCGAUUGGUGGCGGAGCCGAUGCUGGGAAAUGACAGAGUGUCAACGCUCCUACAAACGCUGGCGGAGUCCGGGUUGAAUUGGACUUGGCCAGACGACGAGGCUGUGAAAACAUACGCCGAAGUCCACCAUGAUGAAUCCAUUAGCACCUUGAGGCGAGAAGAGAAGAUGAUGGCGAUGAGAAGAGCACCAUGGCAUGGUGAUAUGCGAGCAGUCGACAAGGACGGUUUGGGCGACCAUGAAUACGAGGCGGCUAUUGUGCGCAGGGAUUCAUACGGCAGCCAAUGA